GAGAACUUGGGUGAGACUGGAGUAAACAAAUUAGUUCGGUUUAGCUGAGCACGCGCGCGCGCGGCGCCGCGGACUUUCUGGGGCGCGGCCGCCGGGGCAAGUGACACCGAUCGCGCUCCCCGCCGCUGCACCGCCAGCCUCUCCGGUAUCAGGCAUUUACAGCUGAUCAAGUCAACUCGAGACUGAAAUCGAGGGCCGCCAUCACCCAGGAAGAUGCGUGCACCGUUUCCUGAACCCCAGCCUGGAGACCUGAUUGAGAUUUUCCGCCCUUUCUACAGACACUGGGCCGUCUACAUUGGCAACGGAUAUGUGGUCCACCUGGCCCCGCCAAGCGAAAUCCCAGGAGCUGGUGCGGCCAGUGUCAUGUCUGCACUGGCCGACAAGGCCUUCGUGAAGAAGGAGCGGCUGUGUGACGUGGUCGGGAGAGACCGGUACCACGUCAACAACAAGCAUGACGGCAGAUACUCGCCAUUGCCUCCCAGCAAAAUCGUCCAGCGGGCAGAGGAGCUGGUGGGCCAGGAGGUCCUCUACAAGCUGACCAGCGAGAACUGCGAGCACUUCGUCAAUGAGCUGCGCUACGGGGUUCCCCGCAGCGACCAGGUCAGAGAUGCCAUCAUGGCAGUUGGCAUCGCGGGAGUGGGCCUUGCAGCCAUGGGCCUCAUUGGAGUCAUGUUCUCAAGAAACAAGAAACAAAAGCAGUGAUUUUAUACAGUCCUGUCUGCAGUGACUUUAUACAUUGAGGGGGUCUUUUUUUCCUAGAGGGUUUCUGCGUUGGUUUGUAGUUUUCAUUCUAUUUUACAAUAAGGUUUAUUUUCACAAGAAUAAAAUAAAGCCCAGUAAGGAAAGAUUUUACUGGGGAUAAUGCAUCAAGAACUGCCUGGCAUGAAGUCUGUUGAGGUUGCAGUGAGGCUCUGUUCCUGCUGAUGCCAGGCUGUGCUCUGGGUCUUUGGUGAUUUUCUCUCACUUUCUAUUUGUGGGCUGUGUUCUCUACCUGCAGGAAAAAAAGUCCAGCUCUGGUUAUCUUAAGUAAUGGGUAUUUCCAGUUGUAUAGAUACAGGUGCGCAGCAAGGAAGACAGACAAACCUGGCUGAUAUGCAAGAACACGAACCAAGGGAAACCAGGACCCUUGACCUGGAACUAGACCCAGGCCGGCUUCCAGGAGUCAGCAGCUGGAGUCUGUAGAUGUCCAGUGGGGCUCAAACCAAACCAAACCACAGCCAUAAUGAAAAGUAUAUGCUCUGGCCAGUCUUGUUUAAAACCUCCCCUGGUCUCCGCAGCUUUUCUCUGCCUUAUCAGUUCCACCCUGCAGUGAUCCUGCGUCCUCUCCUCUUGGGGCUUGUCACAGCCCCCAAGUCUCUGAUCCCACACCCACUCCUGUGGCUUCUCUUCCCAUAUCCGCUUAGCUUCAUCCCUCCCUGUGGCCUGCGAGGCACUCCUAGCACAAGCUCCUGAGAGAGAAUCUGAUUGGCUCACUCACCACCCUGAGCUGUCUACUGAUUGGCUGACUGCCUUUGGGUCAGGUGGUCCCACUAGACCAAUCAGCUCUGCCCAGUGGAGCCAGGUCACGUGGUACAAGGCUGCCUCAGACCUUAUGGAGCGUGGGUGUGGAUGGUCCUAUACCUGACCUGCGUGCUGCUGAGGCCUCUGGGGAGGGGUUAGGGAAGGAGGUAUGACCAUUCGUGAUUGGUCCCUUGGGGUCUGCCUCUGUUCCUCGCUGGGCUUGGCAGAUGUUCAAAGUGACCAGUUUCCUGAAAGGGGCUUUUGUGGGCUCCUUAGAAGCACCCUGCUGGGGCCAAUUGUCCUUCCCUCCACAAGGCAAAUCAUCGCCUCCAUCUGGUUGCCAGUGUUUCCCUUGGCAGCCUUGGUUGUCUCGGGACCAUCUGUCUGUGGAAUCCUGGACAGGACUUAUAAAUGGCUCCUUUCUAGUUCCCUCCUGCUUGGACCAUACCUGGUCUAGGAAAAGCUUAUGCUCAUUCUUUCCCCAGUGUUGACAUAAGAAUAGUUUUCUCCCAGUUAGUUUCUUUUAGUUUUAUCGUAGCUCUAUUGAUAUAACAUCUCAUGCCUGUUUUCAAGUUUGCCAAGCCCAAGGGACACAGGCCAAAAUUAAAGGGGAGUCUCUUGAAGCCCCUUCUCACACACUGGGCGGAAUGUGAUGUGGACUCAUGGAGUAUAGAUCUCCAAAUUAAUUAUGAAAUAAAAAGGAAUGAGGUAGAUUAAACGCAAGAAAGCAAAACAAAAGCACCUCAUUCAAUUAAAAAAUAAUGAAGCAUUACAUAUAGAAAGUGAGAUUUGUGGAAAUAAUCAGAUAAGAUGGAAGAACUAAUUCCGAAUAUAUUGGUAGUGACCAUAAAUAUAAAUGAACUAAACUUGCCAAGUAAAAGACAAACAUUAUACUGGGUUAGAAAACUAAUCCAGGGAAUACUGUUUACAGCAGAUACAAUUGAAAUAUAAGGACAUAAAGACUGAAGUUAAUAAGAUGGGACAGUUUAUGUGACAAGUCAUUUGAUGUCUUGAAAGCAUUAAUGUUAUCAAGGAAAAAAUUUGAGGGUGUGUAUAAACUGUCCUAGACUGAAAGACAUGUUGGAAACAAAGUAACUAAAUGUGAGAAAGGACUAUAAAAGCAAUUUAGGUUUACUGGGGAAAUUUGAAUGUGAACUGGAUAAUGAAGAAUAUUAAGGGGAAAAAAAAAAGAAUAUUAAGGAAUCAUGAAUCUUAUUAAGUGUGAUAAAGGUAUGAGGUUUAUGUAAAACACAUGGUGUAAAAAAUAGAUGCAGAUACAGCAAACAUGAUAAAAUAAGAUUUUAACUCAUGCAUUAGUUAUAUGCGUGGCCAUGUUACUAGUAUUUUUGUAUAUUAAAACAUUUACAUAGUAAAUACCUUAUAAAUAGCUGAAACUUGAAAAUUUAAACAAAAUAAAACUUUCAAAAUUAUUUCAAUAAAUUUUAUAGUAGUAUUUUUAAUUAAGAUAUACUAGGCAACUACUAACUAAAAACUGGUUAAUUAGUUGAUACUAAUUAACUGAAAGCUGGCAUAACUAUAUUGAUAUCAGAAAAUAUAAGCUUUAAACCAAAAAUGAUUACUGGACAGAAAGGAUGAAAAGUGUGGCAUCAUGAGAAAUACACUUGGUCUUUGUCCUUGGUUCUUGGCCAGAGCUCCUAAAACCCUCAGAAUUUCCUUGGUGAUAGGCUUUAUCUUUUGCUAUUUCUGAGGAGACCCCUUUGAUCAACCUGAGUUUGUACUAAUGGGGUGACUUAGACCAUAAGAUAGCCUUAGGAUGGGGCUGGUCAUCAGAAAGACCCAGUGACUAGAGGGUUGGAAAUUUCAGGCUACUGAUCUCUAAGAAGGGAGUGUGGGAGGGGGUGUUGAAGAUUAAGCUCUAUAAAAACUGUUCAGUGAGGAGACUUGGUGAACUUCCUGGGUGGUGAACAUACCAAGGUAUCCGGAGAGUGGCUGCCUCAAGAGGACAUGGAAGCUCCUUGCAUCCUCUGCCCCCAUGCCUUGCCCUCCACCUCUCUUCCAUUUGAUUGCUUCUGAAUUGUAUCCAUCAUAAUAAAUUGGUAAACAUUUAA